CUAGUAUUUUCACUUGUUAUGCAAAACAUUUCCACGUUUGCCUGAUUAUAAAUUAAUUUUUCAAAAAAUACUACCAUUUUUAUAAGACAUUUGUUUUAUUUAAGAUUGACAGUUUUUCCCGAUUUAUCUACUGUGUUAUCUACAGUAAUAACAGUGUAUUUUUAUUUAUAAAAUUUACACAAACAGGGAAAGAAAAUUCUUGUAGAAACAGGCGAGACUAUUAAAUUAGAAGCAUCGUGGGAAAAAGUGAAUUUACACGUUCGAGGUGGAUACAUUAUCCCACUGCAGAAACCGAAACAAACCACCUAUGAAAGCCGUAAAAGUCCAAUGAAACUUUUAAUUGCACCGAAUGAGGAGGGAUUUGCUGGUGGAUCACUCUUUUGGGACGAUGGAGAGUCGAUUGAUUCGUUAUCUGAAGACAAGCAUCUGUUAAUAAAAUUUAAUUUCUCGAAAGCAAAAAGAAACAGUGAAUUGGUGAUUGAAGUAACGGGACAAUACGAAGACCCUUCGAAACUGUAUUAUUCUCAAUUAAUUAUUUACGACGAAAAUUUAAAACCGUUAGACGUAAAGAUCGAUGACGAUAAAUCGGUCCCUCGAGGAGAUUGGAACUAUAAUGAUAUUCUAAAGGUACUGAAGGUGAACUUGCAACCAAAUGUCGUGCGUAUAAACGGUUCGCACAAAAUCACAGUAAUUAGGGAAAAUUAAGGAAAAUAAAGAAUUAAAU